AUGCACGAAUUACUUUUGAAGCUCAAAAAGCAAAACAAUUCUAAAGAAAGUGUUAAUAUAAGCGAGUAAUUAAGAUUUAAUUCAGAUUAUAUAGACUCUCCUCUCACAGAUGAAGGUAUAUCUUAGAGCGAAUAAUUGUACGAAAAUCACAUCAAAUCUCUUUAAAAUAUUAAAAUUGUCCUUGUUUCACCUCUUUUGAGAGCAUUACAAACAGCUUAUCAUAUUUUUAAGAAUUAUAAACCUAUGCCUUGGAUUGUAGUUAUACCAGAGCUAUCUGAAUUUAUGAAUACAGCUAAUGAUAUUGGAAAUAAUACUUUAGAUUAUAAAAAACUUAUAGAAUUUAAAAAUUUUGACUUUUAAGCUAUUGAAGAAAUGGUUAAGGAUAACUAACUUUGGAAUAUUUCAAAUUUGGUUUCAAGUGAAAAAAAAUAUACAAUUUAAAAUAUUUUAGAAAUGAGAUGUCCUUUAAAAAAAUAAAUUUAAAAUUAAGGUCCAUAUAUUUUAGUAGAUUACUUAAAAAAUAACUAUCUUGAAACUCCAUCAGAUUUAUCAAAGAGAUCUAUUAAAGUAAGAGAUAUUAUAAACGAAUAUUCAACCAAUUAUCUCUAAAAGGAAGAAGAAAAAAUAGCAGUUGUAUCUCAUGCAAAGCUGCUUUAACAAUUUAUCCCUGAAAAAUUAUAAAAUGCUUAAAUGGAAUAUUGGAACUGUUGCUAAAGCACUCAUUCUUGA